UUGCGGACGCACGCACGUCGAGCGCUGAUGUCCCAAGCCGCUGAGGCUGCGGGCUCGGUCUGGGGCGGCUGCUUUGGCUGCGGCCCGGCCCGGGGCUGAAGGUUGGAGAGAAAUUCAGGUACUCCGUUGACUGGUGCUUUCCGCCACCAUGGGGGAGCUCUUCCGGAGCGAGGAGAUGACGCUGGCCCAGCUUUUUCUACAGUCAGAAGCUGCUUAUUGUUGCGUCAGUGAAUUAGGAGAACUAGGAAAGGUUCAGUUUCGUGAUUUAAAUCCAGAUGUGAAUGUUUUCCAGCGGAAAUUUGUCAAUGAAGUUAGAAGAUGCGAAGAAAUGGAUCGAAAGCUUCGAUUUGUUGAGAAAGAGAUAAGAAAAGCUAAUAUCCCAAUUAUGGACACUGGUGAAAACCCAGAGGUGCCCUUCCCCCGGGACAUGAUUGACUUAGAGGCCAAUUUUGAGAAGAUUGAAAAUGAACUGAAGGAGAUCAACACAAACCAGGAAGCUCUGAAGAGAAAUUUCCUGGAACUGACUGAAUUAAAGUUUAUACUUCGCAAAACUCAGCAGUUUUUUGAUGAGGCUGAAUUGCAUCAUCAGCAGAUGGCGGAUCCAGACUUGUUGGAAGAGUCCUCGUCCCUCCUGGAGCCAAGUGAGAUGGGAAGAGGCACACCUUUAAGACUUGGCUUCGUGGCUGGUGUGAUUAACCGGGAGCGCAUCCCUACUUUUGAGCGCAUGCUUUGGCGGGUGUGCCGGGGGAAUGUGUUCCUGCGACAGGCUGAAAUCGAGAACCCCCUGGAGGAUCCUGUGACUGGUGACCACGUGCACAAGUCCGUAUUCAUCAUCUUCUUCCAAGGCGAUCAGCUGAAAAACAGAGUCAAGAAAAUCUGCGAAGGGUUCCGGGCCUCACUCUAUCCCUGUCCUGAGACACCACAGGAGCGGAAGGAAAUGGCUUCUGGAGUUAAUACCAGGAUUGAUGAUCUCCAAAUGGUUCUCAAUCAAACAGAGGAUCACCGCCAGAGGGUCCUGCAGGCAGCUGCUAAGAACAUCCGAGUCUGGUUCAUCAAAGUGCGGAAGAUGAAGGCCAUUUACCACACCCUGAACCUGUGCAACAUCGACGUGACCCAGAAGUGUCUGAUCGCAGAGGUCUGGUGCCCCGUUACCGACCUCGACUCCAUCCAGUUUGCACUCAGAAGGGGCACGGAACACAGUGGUUCCACUGUGCCCUCUAUUCUGAACAGGAUGCAAACAAAUCAGACACCCCCAACCUAUAACAAAACAAACAAGUUCACAUAUGGCUUUCAGAACAUAGUCGAUGCUUAUGGAAUUGGAACUUACCGAGAGAUAAACCCAGCUCCAUAUACCAUCAUCACUUUCCCUUUCCUGUUUGCUGUGAUGUUUGGGGACUUUGGCCAUGGUAUUUUGAUGACCCUUUUUGCUGUAUGGAUGGUAUUGAGGGAGAGCCGGAUCCUCUCUCAGAAGAAUGAGAAUGAGAUGUUUAGCACCGUGUUCAGCGGCCGGUACAUUAUCCUGUUGAUGGGCGUGUUUUCCAUCUACACUGGCCUCAUCUACAAUGAUUGCUUUUCCAAGUCUCUUAAUAUCUUCGGGUCAUCCUGGAGCGUACGGCCAAUGUUCACUUUAUAUAAUUGGACGGAGGAGACACUUCGGGGGAACCCUGUUCUGCAGUUGAACCCAUCCGUCCCUGGAGUUUUUGGUGGACCAUACCCUUUUGGCAUCGAUCCAAUCUGGAACAUUGCUACCAAUAAACUGACCUUUCUCAACUCCUUUAAAAUGAAAACGUCUGUUAUCCUCGGCAUCACCCACAUGAUGUUUGGAGUCACCUUGAGCCUCUUCAACCAUACCUAUUUCAAGAAGCCCCUGAAUAUCUACUUUGGAUUUAUUCCUGAAAUAAUCUUCAUGACCUCUUUGUUCGGCUACUUGGUUAUCCUCAUAUUUUACAAGUGGACAGCCUAUAAUGCUAAUACAUCCGAGAAAGCACCGAGCCUUCUGAUCCAUUUCAUAAACAUGUUUCUCUUCUCCUAUGGGGACUCUAGUAAUUCGAUGCUAUAUUCUGGACAGAAAGGAAUUCAGUGUUUCCUGGUAGUGGUUGCACUACUGUGUGUGCCUUGGAUGCUACUGUUUAAACCACUGGUCCUUCGCCAUCAAUAUUUGAGGAAGAAGCAUUUGGAAGGGCAGCCUGUGGAGGCCCCAGUCAGCCCAACCCCGAGCCAGCAGGGACUAGAGGCAGCAGCGGCUGCAACAGGAACUCUCAACUUUGGUGGGAUCAGGGUGGGCAACGGACCGACAGAGGAGGAUGCUGAGAUUAUUCAGCAUGACCAGCUCUCCACCCACUCAGAGGACGCAGAAGAGCCUACCGAGGAUGAAGUGUUUGACUUUGGGGACACCAUGGUCCACCAGGCCAUCCACACCAUCGAGUACUGCCUGGGCUGCAUCUCGAACACUGCCUCCUACCUGCGGCUCUGGGCCCUCAGCCUGGCACAUGCACAGCUGUCUGAGGUGCUUUGGACCAUGGUGAUCCACAUCGGCCUCAGCGUGAAGAGCUUGGCGGGAGGUCUGGCGCUGUUCUUCAUUUUCGCCGCCUUUGCCACCCUGACCGUGGCCAUCCUCCUGAUCAUGGAGGGCCUCUCGGCCUUCCUCCACGCACUGCGAUUACACUGGUGAGCGGCAGCAAGUUUGGGGGGCUGGG